UAAAUGAAUUAUGAUUACAUGGGAGCAAUAAAAGUGAAGGAUGGAGUAUUUUUAGGGGAUUAAUUUGCAUCUUAAGUAUAUAUUUAGGAUUUAAUUAGGAUCUGGAAUUUAUUGUUACAAAUAAAGUAUCAAGGAUAAUGAAUUGUGCAUCAAAAUCUAUACCAAAUCAUUGGGAAUCAAUAGGAAUAGUUUAUAUGUCUUAUCCAUGGGCAGAUAAUGACCAAUAAGUAAUUUUUAAAAUUAUUUAGAUAAUUUUUUAAUCAGAUGAAAGUAUAAAUGCUGCAAUAAAAUUUAUUGAUGAUGCUUUGAUUAAUGGGGAGAGCAUUAUUGUUCUUUCUGCAAAAGGACACAAUAGAUCAGUGGCAGUUUUAUGUGUUUAUUUAAUGAAGAAAUAUAGAUGGACUCUUUAUAAAACAUUAUAAUAUAUGCAUAAUAGAAGACCAGAUUUAGAAAUAAAAGCACAUUUUUUUAAUUAAUUACAAUCAAUAGAAAAUCGAUUGUAAAAGUUAGGGUUUGGAGCAAAAACUUUUAAUUGGGAUGAAAUAUAUAUUGAAGGAGAUAAUGAUGAAAUAAUAUUGAGGAAUACUUAUUUAAAUUCUUAGACUUAAGGAGUAGCAGAAUUCAAGGACAAUAGUACCAAGCAAAAAGAAUUCAAGUUUUUUUAAAAAUUUAAUUAGAUUAAAAUUCGCAGAUAAAAUAACUUUGUAUAUACCUCCAUAUGAUAAAAUAAUAUUCUCAAAAAGUAAAGUAACUUAAAAAGUUUUUAAACCUAUAAUUAAAGAAUCUGGAUCCUCAAAAUAAAUUGAUCAAACAUUUUAGUUUCCAUAGUAAUAACAAUAACAAUAAUAAAAACUAAAUUACGAAUAGAGUACAUAAAUUUAAGAUAAAUUUAAUCAAAAACAAAAAUAAACUGAUCAAAUAAAAUAAAACCCUUUGUAAAUAUCUCCAAUUUAACCUUAAAGACCAUAAUCUGUAUAAUAAAAUUGUAAAUUCAUUCAAAUAAUUUAGAAUAAACUAAAAUAUUGUCAAAUAAUUUCAUGGAUUCAAGAGAUUAAUUUUUGCCAAAAUCUCAAUAACAAAAUUAAUUAGCAAUUACUGGAACACGUCGUCCAUAAACAGCUCCAAAUUAGUUAAAAGCUCCUAGAGUUUAAACGACUCCAUAUAAAGGAAAUUAAAGUUCAGGUUAUAGAUAUGAAUCAGGUCUAUAACCUAAUUCUUAAUUUAAACCUAUGAAAUAAAGAGCAUAAUCUCCAAAGGCAGUUUAUAAUGUUCCAAAUCCAUAUAUUCAAAGAGAGUUCAAAGCAAAAACAUGGAAAAAAUGA